GCAAAUUUGCUCAUGUCGGUUAUCGUUCCUAACGAGAUAACUGACACUCUGAGGCAGAAUAUACCCUCUAUACCUCGGAGUCCAUGUCCCGAACUCAUCCAUAACAACUCUGCUCCCUCGGAAGCCCAGACAUCAACAAUCCACCAAAUUAUCCAAACGACAGAAAGCCAAAUCUUGUCGUUGGAGGACUACAUUACGCGUCUUGAAGCAACCUUGGAACAUUCUCGGGCGCGACGCGAAGAGCUCCUCAUCUUCACGGAUUUGCACCGUGGCGUCGUGUCCACAUUUCGACGAAUACCCAACGAAGUGCUCUGCGAAAUAUUCGAGCAGGUUCUCUCUCAAAGCGCUGGAGCGCCAAUUUAUCACCUCAGUGCGGUAUGCCGUCACUGGCGGAACACUAUUACUGGCGCCUCUUUGUUCUGGAAACGCAUCGUACUUGACGGCCAAUCGACUUUCCAGAAAAACAUAGCCAACACAUUUGAGCGACUAUUCUCACAAAUGCAACGAUUCCCCCUGGCUCCGCUUCAUGUCGUUAUCGACCUUGAAUACCGGGGAUUCGACCCUGCCAUGCUCCCCCUUCUCGACCUCCUCCUUGUUGAUUCCACUCGAUGGGAGGAUGCCGACCUUGUGGUUGACACUGAACAGCUUGCACAUAUUGCCCAAUCACGAGCGUCUUUCCCCAACCUCACCUCCCUCACCUUCAAAAGUUUAAAACAUCUUCCUCAAAACGCCAGUCGAUUCUUUGGAUCUCUCACGGCGUUAACACAGUUGAAGCUUUCGACGCCUUACCCCAUUUCCAGUGCUCUUGGAAUACCUUGGGCCCAAUUACAAGCCUGCACGCUUGGGAAACUGUCGGUGAAAGACCUGGCUCAUAUCAUUCCCCGCCUCCCAGCGCACUCAUCUGUGUCGCUUCGAGAUGGCUUUUUCCUUGCGAGGGCCAUUGCCAGGACUUGCAUCAUGCUCCAUAUCAGCACUUUCAUUCGACCUCUGCGAGACUGA